AUGGGACCAAUGGGUAUAAUUGUGCACUUUAACAGAAACACGGGCACUGCAAGCGUUUAGGGAUGAGUGAGUGCUGCAUCGACCGUGGAGAGCCAUGAACUCUAGUAACCCCGACGUCUCGACAGGAGGGGGAAAAAAUCCCCUCCGCAAAAAGACUGCAACACUUCCUACGCUAACUAGACCGUCCCACAUGGUGUGCAUGUCUGUAACUGCUCCUGGGAAAACCUGCUUACAGUCGCGUGUCUGUGAGCGUGCAUACCUGACUCGUGUAUGUGUGUGACGAGUCUGUGUGAGCCAUGUCGGUAUCAGUGAUCAUAAAGUGGGGAGGUCAGGAGUACUCCAUCAGUUCUCUGUCCGAGGAGGACACAGUGAUGGACCUGAAGCAGUCCAUUAAGACCUUGACUGGGGUGCUGCCAGAGAGACAGAAACUACUGGGACUCAAAGUCAAAGGUAAACCUGCAGAAGAUGAGGUGAAGCUGGGCUCUUUGAAGCUGAAGCCCAACACCAAGAUCAUGAUGAUGGGCACCAGAGAAGAAGGCCUGGAAGAGGUUUUAGCCCCUCCCCCUGAGAACGAUGACGUUGUCAAUGAUUUUGACAUCGAGGAGGACGUCAUUGAAGUGGAGAACAGAGAGGAGAACCUGGCCAAAAUAGCCCGCAGAGUGAAAGACUAUAAGGUGGAGGAACUGAACCCACCCAGAGAAGGCAAGAGGCUCCUGGUCCUGGAUGUGGACUACACGUUGUUCGAUCACAAGUCAUGUGCAGAAACCGGCCACGAGCUGAUGAGACCAUACCUCCACGAGUUUCUGACAUCAGCUUACGAGGACUACGACAUUGUCAUCUGGUCUGCCACAAGUAUGAAGUGGAUUGAUGCCAAAAUGAAAGAGCUGGGAGUGACUGACAACCCUAACUACAAGAUCACGUUCAUGUUGGACAGUGCGGCCAUGAUCACGGUACACACCCCCAAGAGAGGAGUUGUGGAGGUGAAGCCAUUGGGUGUGAUAUGGGGGAAGUAUGGAGAAUUUUACAACAGGAAGAACACCAUCAUGUUCGACGACAUCGGGCGAAACUUCCUCAUGAACCCACAGAACGGUCUCAAGAUCCGACCCUUCAUGAAGGCCCAUCUCAACAGAGAGAAGGACCGGGAGCUGUACAAACUGGCCCAGUAUCUCAAAGAAAUCGCUAAGCUUGAAGACUUCAGCGGACUCAACCACAAACACUGGGAGAGGUACCUAUCUAAGAGGCAGCAUCACUGAGGAGGUGCCGCGUUAUCGACAAAGGCUUGGGCUGCUCGCAACCUUCUCAUCAUCCGGAUCCGUUACUUCAAAGCUCACUGUACGUCCAUCAAGGACUGACGCGGGCUUCCCCGUUUAUAUAAUUGCAUGCCCUCUGCCUCUCCCUAGUCUUGAACAUUUUUUUUGUUUUUGUUUUUGUUUUUUUACAAAUAUCGUUUACUACCACAGUCACUACCAGUGUGCUGGGUAGGUUUUUAAAUACAAGCCCACAGCUGCCUGAAAGUAUGUGAGAUGUUAUGAACCUGCUUCCAGACGUCUGAAAACAUUUCCACAUGAAAGUAGUGUUAUUUGAUUUUUCUGUCACUGAAAAGCUCAAAAACCAGUGACCUCCACGCCUGUAGGAGCUCGACCAGUUACAACAAGACUGAAAAUACAACAGAUACAACAGAAAACAACCAAUAAUAAAUAAUAAAAAUCAUGAAUUGAUCUAUGCCCUUGGGCGUCUAACAGAUGCUCGCAACCUAUAAUUUGCCAUGCAACAAUAUGCAAUAAUCCAUAACGCUACUGUGAGUUUAAAAUCUGUCAUCCUGGGACUGGUUAAUGCUAAAAUACCUUCAUCAAAACUGUUGUGCAUGUUUGGAACAUGUUUGGGUGUGUGUAUUUGCCCGCAAAAAAAUGUACUAUGUGUUUUUCUGUGCAGCUGUUACAUUCUGACUCUACUAGCCACAACGCUAGACGCACACAUUCACGAGAUGUUCACAAGUUAAUAGUUGAGAGGUGAUGAAGGGAGAGCAAAAAAGGGAAAAAAAAAAGACGGCAUCAAAAAUGUAUUCUUUUUUUUUUUCUUUGUAGCUUUUGAGAUUUAUCAGCACUUAUUGUCAACAUUUAUUUCAAGUUACGGAUGAAGGACGGGAAGUUUUUUUUUUGAGGGGGAAGGCGUCUCCCGCUCAAGUAGAAGCUUCACCGGAAUCUCUUGGGAACAUUAGGGAUGUGAUCACUCCGGGUUUCUUCAGAUUUUGUCAGGUUUACAACCGUUUACAACUUUUAUUUCUCGGGAUCUGAGAAAUGUUAGAUCUGAUUAAAAAAAAAAAAAAAAAUUAAAAAAAGGCAUUUUUUUGUGUGUUUUCCUUAUCACAUCCCUGACAUCCUGGCUGUAAAUAUGACAAUAAACCUUUUUUUUGUACCUUA